AUGAUUAACAUAACUAAUCUGACUCCGGGAGUGCAGUACAUGUUCAAAGUGUUUGCAGUUGCUGCAGAUAAUAAAACACAAGGAAAAUACAGCUGCAUUUCGGCAUACACAAAACCUGAUGUUGCCAGGGACCUCAGUGUGACUGAAAUUACAACAAACUCAUUGUUUCUGAACUGGACUGAACCAAUAGGAGAAAGAUCUUUCUUUAAAGUACAGUGGAGCAAUGACAGCAUCACCUUGAAUUCAACAACCUCAAACACUUUCUUUAACAUUUCUAAUCUCAAUCCUGGAAUCAGUUACACCGUCCGGAUAUCUGCUGUUGCUGCAGAUAAUAUAACAGAAGGAGAACUAGUUGAUCUUUCAGUCUAUACAAAGCCUGACACUGUUCGCAAUCUCACAACGGUUAAUGUUACAACCUCCUCUAUAGUUCUGUACUGGACUGAGGCAGUGGGGCACAUCUCCCAUUAUGUAAUCCAAUAUGCGAAUGUCAGUGUGACCAUCAAUGAGACUACUGAAAGCCUCAUGAUUAACAUAACUAAUCUGGCUCCGGGAGUGCAGUACAUGUUCAAAGUGUUUGCAGUUGCUGCAGAUAAUAAAACAGAAGGCAGUUACAGCUGCAUUCCGGCAUACACAAAACCUGAUGUUGCAAGGGACCUCAGUGUGACUGAAAUUACAACAAACUCAUUGUUUCUGAACUGGACUGAACCAAGAGGAGAAAGCUCUUUCUUUAAAGUACAGUGGAGCAAUGACAGCAUCACCUUGAAUUCAACAACCUCAAACACUUUCUUUAACAUUUCUAAUCUCAAUCCUGGAAUCAGUUACACCGUCCGGAUAUCUGCUGUUGCUGCAGAUAAUAUAACAGAAGGAGAACUAGUUGAUCUUUCAGUCUAUACAAAGCCUGACACUGUUCGCAAUCUCACAACGGUUAAUGUUACAACCUCCUCUAUAGUUCUGUACUGGACUGAGGCAGUGGGGCACAUCUCCCAUUAUGUAAUCCAAUAUGCGAAUGUCAGUAUGACCAUCAAUGAGACUACUGAAAGCCUCAUGAUUAACAUAACUAAUCUGGCUCCGGGAGUGCAGUACAUGUUCAAAGUGUUUGCAGUUGCUGCAGAUAAUAAAACAGAAGGAAAUUACAGCUGCAUUUCGGCAUACACAAAACCUGAUGUUGCCAGGGACCUCAGUGUGACUGAAAUUACAACAAACUCAUUGUUUCUGAACUGGACUGAACCAAUCGGAGAAAGAUCUUUCUUUAAAGUACAGUGGAGCAAUGACAGCAUCACUUUGAAUUCAACAACCCCAAACACUUUCUUUAACAUUUCUAAUCUCAAUCCUGGAGUCAGUUACACCGUCCGGAUAUCUGCUGUUGCUGCAGAUAAUAUAACAGAAGGAGAACUAGUUGAUCUUUCAGUCUAUACAAAGCCUGACACUGUUCGCAAUCUCACAACGGUUAAUGUUACAACCUCCUCUAUAGUUCUGUACUGGACUGAGGCAGUGGGGCACAUCUCCCAUUAUGUAAUCCAAUAUGCGAAUGUCAGUAUGACCAUCAAUGAGACUACUGAAAGCCUCAUGAUUAACAUAACUAAUCUGGCUCCGGGAGUGCAGUACAUGUUCAAAGUGUUUGCAGUUGCUGCAGAUAAUAAAACAGAAGGAAAUUACAGCUACAUUUCGGCAUACACAAAACCUGAUGUUGCAAGAGACCUCAGUGUGACUGAAAUUACAACAAACUCAUUGUUUCUGAACUGGACUGAACCAAUAGGAGAAAGAUCUUUCUUUAAAAUACAGUGGAGCAACGACAGCAUCACUUUGAAUUCAACAACCCCAAACACUUUCUUUAACAUUUCUAAUCUCAAUCCUGGAGUCAGUUACACCGUCCGGAUAUCUGCUGUUGCUGCAGAUAAUAUAACAGAAGGAGAACUAGUUGAUCUUUCAGUCUAUACAAUUCUGUACUGGACUGAGGCAGUGGGGUACAUCUCCCAUUAUGUAAUCCAAUAUGCGAAUGUCAGUACGACCAUCAAUGAGACUACUGAAAGCCUCAUGAUUAACAUAACUAAUCUGACUCCGGGAGUGCAGUACAUGUUCAAAGUGUUUGCAGUUGCUGCAGAUAAUAAAACAGAAGGAAAUUACAGCUGCAUUUCGGCAUACACAAAACCUGAUGUUGUAAGGGACCUCAGUGUGACUGAAAUUACAACAAACUCAUUGUUUCUGAACUGGACUGAACCAAUAGGAGAAAGAUCUUUCUUUAAAGUACAGUGGAGCAAUGACGGCAUCACUUUGAAUUCAACAACCUCAAACACUUUCUUUAACAUUUCUAAUCUCAAUCCUGGAAUCAGUUACACCGUCCGGAUAUCUGCUGUUGCUGCAGAUAAUAUAACAGAAGGAGAACUAGUUGAUCUUUCAGUCUAUACAAAGCCUGACACUGUUCGCAAUCUCACAACGGUUAAUGUUACAACCUCCUCUAUAGUUCUGUAUUGGACUGAGGCAGUGGGGCACAUCUCCCAUUAUGUAAUCCAAUAUGCAAAUGUCAGUACAACAAUCAAUAGGACUCCUGAAAGUCCCAUGAUUAACAUAACUAAUCUGACUCCGGGAGUGCAGUACAUGUUCAAAGUGUUUGCAGUUGCUGCAGAUAAUAAAACAGAAGGAAAUUACAGCUGCAUUUCGGCAUACACAAAGCCAGACACCGUCAGAAAUCUCACAUCCACUGAAGUCACAACAACAUCUGUAUUUCUGGACUGGGAUGAGCCAUCAGGAGAGAGAGCUUUCUUUAGAGUGCAAUGGCUGAACAGCAGUACAACUGCUAAAACUGCCUUUACCGUCACUGAUCUACUACCUGGAACAAAUUACACAUUUAAAGUCUCAGCUGUUGCUAGUGAUAAUAAAACAGAAGGAUCACCGGUUGGCCUUUCUGUUUGCACAGGUACACAUCCUGUCGUUAACAUAACCUGUGAAGGACCAAAUCGCACUACAAGUGCUUUACUGAACUUAACAUGGACGAAUCCUCCAGGCGAUAACCAAGGAUUCAGCAUCAGUCUCAGUCAAACAUCCAGUUUCAUUCCAACUUGCAAUCCUGUCUGUAACCACAUUUUUUCUCAAAACCUCCAACACUUCAACAGUUACACUGUGAUUAUUUCAACCCAUGGAUGUGGUGAGAAUGGUAUACGGGAGGUUAAGUGCAGAACAGGCAUUACAGAACCACCAGUUCCCAGUAAUCCAGAAGAUGUAAAAAUAGAGGUCACUCCAAUGAACGACAAUGUCGUAAACCUAAAAUUCAGUGACAGUCUUCUGAAUGGUGCUAAUGGACCAAUCGAAGCCUAUGGUGUUCUACUGUCAACUGAUGAUCAAAGUUACUUACCCAGGAAUUUCGUAAGAAUGACCUAUAGUGAUUGGGAAAACAAGAAGACCAAGACUUAUCUCACUGUUUUAAAAUUAAAUAAAAAUAUAAUUCACAGAAGCAACAUGAUUUCGAUUGACAUUGGAAAUAACAGUGAGUCGGAUGUACUCAAUAAUACAGAUUAUACAAAUGGACCUCUGUCUAAUCAAGUAUAUAGGAUAUCUGUGGUUUUGUUCACCUACCUGACAAUUAAAGACAGACUUGUGGACAACCAAACAUCAAUCUUCUCUGCAACACCUUUUGCCAGGACUACUGCCAAACCAGUUGAACAAUCAUCAGCCACUACUGCAAUUAUUUUGGGGAUACUGUUGCCUAUCGUUGCUCUCUUGGUCAUCGCCGUCAUUGUCCUCAUCAUACAGAAAAGACGAAUAACAAGGGACUAUACAGAUAUUCCUGUCAACAACUUAAGAACUAAAAUUAGUGUUCCUGUGAGGGUGGAGGAUUUUGAUGCAUUUUUCAAAAAGCAGCAGCUGGAUUCCAAUUGUGGUUUUGCUGAACAGUAUGAGGAUCUGAAGGUUGUUGGAACUGCUCAAACCAAGAACAGUGCCCUUGCCAUGGAGAACAAGGGGAAGAAUCGCUACAAUAAUGUACUACCUUAUGAUUCUUCAAGAGUUAAAUUAUCAAUACAUGGCAACCCAUUUGAUGACUACAUCAACGCAAACUAUAUUUCAGGUUACAACUCUAAGAAGGAGUAUAUAGCAGCUCAGGGACCAUUACCAGCUACUGUGAAUGAGUUCUGGAGAAUGAUCUGGGAAAAGCAUGCCCAUACCGUAGUCAUGCUGACCAAGUGCUAUGAGCAAGGACGUGUUAAAUGUGAGAGAUACUGGCCACCAGAAUCCAAGCUGUACAACAAUAUCCUUGUGACAACAUCAUCAGAAAUUGAAUUGGAAGAUUGGACUAUAAGGGACUUCGCCAUCAAGAAUGUGAAAACAGCAGAGACACGGAAUGUUCGUCAAUUCCAUUUUACGGCCUGGCCUGAUCAUGGCGUGCCAGAGACCACAGAGGUGCUCAUUAACUUCCGACACCUGGUCAGAGAGCACAUGGACAACUUUUCUCGCAACGCUCCUGCUGUGGUGCACUGCAGUGCUGGUGUGGGGAGAACUGGGACUUUCAUUGCCCUCGAUCACCUGAUCUUUCAGAUUGAGAGGGAAAGCAUGGUAGACAUUUAUGGAAUUGUCUAUGAUAUGCGUAUGCACAGAUCAUUGAUGGUUCAGACUGAGGACCAAUAUGUGUUCUUGAAUCAGUGUGCUUCUGACAUAAUUAAAUCAAGAAUGGGCACCAAUGUGGAUCUGAUUUACCAGAAUGCAGCAGCGUUCUCCAUCUAUGAGAAUGUGCAAAGAUGAAGAAUGAAGGCAUUAAGCAGAAAUUAAUUUCAGGUGACAUUUAGCUUGGGAUCAGAACAGUAAUUUUGUAGGAUUUUCUAAAAUCUGCACGAGCCAUUUCCUUAUUUAACCGGAUGUCACAACGAUAUGGCUGUUCACUGACAAAUAUUUUUAAGUAUGCUUUAACUUAAAUUAAUAUGCUUAUUCAUUUUUUUACCCUAGAUUGUGAGACAAUGAAACUGUAUUUCGAUAAUAUUCUUCAUAAAAGGUUUGCUCUGAAAUUAUAAAGAGGUCUAAGAAAUAUAUGUAAGAUAUAUGUGAAAAUUUGAGUAGUUAAUGCACAUGGAGCCAUAAUGUCAUGUGAAAUUGAGUUUUGGAUUUCAAUUUCAGUACUU